UGGCGGCGCCCAGCAAGCUGUGGGGUGUUCGCAGCCCCGCCCCUCCCCUCGCUGGCCUGACGGAGCAUGGGGCGCUGCCCGCUGUGUGAUGUCACACCCCCCUCUCCCGCCACUCGCUGCAUGACGUCACAUCUGGGGUGAGGAGGCCACAGCCCACGGCAUCGACAGGCCCCCCCGCCCCCGGCAGAAGGGAGGCCUCGGACUCUGCCAAGUGCUGUCCCACGAUGGGAAGGACAAGGGCGCGGGUGCGGGUGGCGCAGCCUCACCCCUUGGCUGGAAGUAGCAAUAAACCCAAAUCCACGGUGUCUGCCUUCAGCACCCCUGCCACAAAAAUGGUUUCCGCCCCCCUGGGCACAGGGGUGAGCCGUCACGCAGGGAUGCUGCAGCUACACGUACAGGCUGACUUCACUUGCGGCUGGCCCACACAUUCGAAUGGAGAAAUUGGACAGAGACUGCAUCCAGCGGGCAGAGUGGUAGCCAGGAGUACAUGUGUAAAGAAGUGAGAAAUGUAGCCGUGUUAGUCUAGUGUAGCUGAAACAAAAUACAGGACAAUGUAGCACUUUAAAGACUAACAAGAUGGUUUAUUAGGGGAUGAGCUUUCGUGGGCCAGACCCACUUCCUCAGAUCAAAUAGUGGAAGAAAAUUGUCACAACCAUAUAUACCAAAGGAUACAAUUAAAAAGAAGAGUUUCCUGAAAGAAGAAUGAGGGUUUUUUGUCUUGGGAGGAGGCGAGAUUAAUCACGAGACAGGGUUAUGAGAUGCUGUAAAGAUUACGGCUGACUAUUGACAUUGGAUAAGCCUCUAGCACUGGGACUCUUGUAAUAACCCGCUUUCAGAUGUCUCAAGCUGAUUUUUGAGCCAGGGCACCCUGACCCCUGGUGAACUGCUUAACACUGACUCCAUUUGUGUGAUUUCUUUUUAUGGAACAUAAUAGCUGCUGAGAGGUUAAACCAAGACAAGCCCAGAAAAUGACUGGUGCUGCCCUUAUAUAGUUGAUGUAGGCAGUGCUGAGAUUGCAGCUCCCACCUGUGUUUUCAGCCUUUGAACUAAGAAUCUGAGAUAAUUAAAUUUUAUUUCUAGGACUUGAAAGUCAUUGGUCCCCCUGGAGAAAAAGCAGAAUCCAGGCUAGUGCAGAACAUUUUGCCCAUGAAGUUUAAUGAUCAGUGAGCUAUAUCUUCACUGGCUGCCCUGUGCCUCUGCAGUCACCAAGUCACCAAAGUGUUGUCUCUGCUGUACACGCAUGGAGUUAAACCCCGGCAGUUACAACCAUGCCAGCCACCAAUCAGGGGUGGCCUGAAGAGUUUGGGUUUAAGAUAAGUGGGGAUGGUCCUUGCUACAUCCUUGCAGUAGAAGAAGGCAGCAGUGCUCAUGUGGCUGGUCUGCAGCCAGGAGACCAGAUCCUGGAGAUAGAAGGCCAGCAUGUUUCCUCCCUGAACUGUGAGACGCUCAUCCACCUGGCCAGGCAGUGUGAGAAUGUGCCUCCCAGCAUUGGGGUGGUCUCACGCAUCCAGCAGAUGGAUAUCCACCCUGGCCCCGAUGGAAAGUUUGGCUUCAGUCUGAUGUGUAACAGCGGCAGCCCCCUGCAAGUGGAGAGUGUAGCCCCAGAUUCGCCUGCUUUGGGGUAUGGAAUCAAACCAGGAGACUAUGUGCUGGAAGUCAACGGGAUCCCAGUGAAGCUUAAUGAAGCAGCAGCUGCCUUGAUCAAAUCCUGCCAAGGCAAGGCCCUGAGACUGGGGCUGCUGCGGUUUGGGCGGGUGCAGCGACGGACCAGCAGCGGCGUACGGGGAUGCAUGCAGGGCACCGAUGCCAUUCACCAAGAGAGGAAACAGAAGGCGCAGGAAUUCAACAAGAAGGUUGACGAAAUUCUCGGAGAUCAACCAGAGGUAAAAGAGAAAGUUUUCACCAUUUUGAAGCAUUAUGCGGCAGAGCGGAAGGUGGAAUACUUGGCUUAUACCCUUUCCAUGAUUCUCACCAAAGAAUCCCAUCAACUUCUCAUUGACAAUAUCAGGAUCUUCAUCCCCAAGAAGCACCGGCAGCGCUUUGACGAGGUGGUGUCCCAGAGCCUGAUCAGCAAGCUCUGCCGGUCCAAGAGUGAGCAGCACACCAACCGGCUGAGGCGCAGCCGCAGCGAAGACCACCAGGAGCGGCUGCUGGUGUCGACCCGGGCAAGCUCAGUGCCUCGGAGUCAUGAGGAAGCCGGCAAGGGUUUGCGGAAGACCACUUCUCUGAUCGCCAGCAGCGUGGGGUCAGGGGCUGCCCGCAGAACUGUUCGAGUUUACAAAGGCAGCAAAAGCUUUGGCUUCACAUUACGAGGACAUGCCCCAGUGUGGAUUGAGUCCAUCCUGCCUGGGAGCCCAGCUGAGAAGGCUGCUCUCAAACCUGGAGACAGAAUCUUAUUUCUCAAUGGGCUGGAUAUGAGGAAUUGCUCCCAUGAGAAGGUGGUGUCCAUGCUGCAGGGUAGUGGGGCAAUGCCAACCUUGGUUGUGGAAGAAGGGAUGGUCCAUCUGCCAGUUGAUUCUGAGUCUGUGGACUCCCCGAAUCCCUCCUCGGCCCUCACCUCCCUGCAGUGGGUGGCAGAGAUACUUCCCUCUAACAUCAAGUUUCAAGGGAGGACCUUCAAUCAACAGCUGGAACAUCUGUUGACACCACCCGAGCGCUACAUCAUCUGCAAAGCACUGGAAGGCUUCUUCCAGCAUCGGAACAUAGAUACGCUCAUAGUGGACGUGUACCCUGUGCUGGACACACCAGCUAAGCAGGUCAUUUGGCAGUUUAUCUACCAGCUGUUGACCUACGAAGAGCAGGAGCACUGCCAGCAAAAGAUCGCCAGGUUCCUUGGCUACAAAUCAGUGGCAGCUGCAGCAGAGCCAGAGGCAGAGGAGCGGCACCGGACUUCAGUUCGAGGGGCCUCGGGAUGUCGGGGAAGCAUUCGAACCCGGGGCUCUGAGGAAGGUGGGACAGGAGGUCCCAGUGACACUGGGGAGGUAUCAGUUCGACUGACGCCAGGAGAGAGGCAAGCGGGGGACGGCACAUCCCUUCCAGAGACACCCAACCCCAAAAUGAUGUCGGCCGUCUAUGCAGAGCUAGAAAAUCGCUUGAUCAGCAGUUUCGCAGGGAAGAUGGCUCAUGCGGCCACACACAGAGAGUCGCCUCCUGUCCCAGACCAGGCAAAUGCGGCAGGCGUUCGCAAGUCGGGGAUGACAAUUUCCUGGCAGAGUGAUCCGUUGCCCUCUCAGCAGUACUAUUACCACCCGCACAGCAGCAUCCCCUCCCCCAGCAGCACAGAGUCCAACCCCUACGUCAGCCUAGACAGCAGCCCUGCCCCCUCCCCUAAGCACGUGGACUACACGCUCAGCCCCCUGUCUCGACGGAAGAAGCUCUUCACCUUCUCCAGGCCCCCGCGCAGCCGGGACACAGAUCGCUUCCUGGACGCCUUGAGUGAGCAGCUGGGACACAGGGUCACCAUCGUGGAUGACUUCCUCACACCCGAGAAUGACUACGAGGAGAUGAGUUUCCACGAUGACCAGGGCAGCUAUGUCACCAAUGACCUGAGCAGCGCUAGCGAGUACAUCAGCAGCAGCGAUGAAGGGAGCUCUCUGACCUACUCCACCCUAUCCGAUCACAUUCCCCCUCCCCCGCUCAGUCCACCCCCACCUCCGCCGCAGUUCCAUGACCCCAGAACAGUCACUUUGAGCUCUGAGGCCACAAGAAAUAUCUCCUCCCCCCUCUCCAAAACCCUAGGGAGUCACUCACACCCAGUUCCUCCCCCUCCCCCUCCUCCCCCUCCCCCACCAGUGCCAUGCGCACCCCCCUUGCUGCAACGGAGCCUGGUACAUCGCAGGAGUGAGUCCAGCCACAUGAGUGUCAAAAGGCUGCGGUGGGAGCAGGUGGAGAAUUCAGAAGGCACCAUCUGGGGGCAGCUUGGAGAAGACUCCGAUUAUGACAAACUGAGCGAUAUGGUCAAAUACCUCGACCUGGAGCUUCAUUUUGGAACUCAAAAGCCUGCAAUUUCUCUUCCAGAGCCAACUCUGUUGCCUGACUCCUUUAAAAAGAAAGACGUGGUUGAAAUUUUGUCUCACAAAAAGGCCUACAACACAUCCAUCCUGAUAGCCCACCUCAAGCUCUCCCACAUCGAGCUGCGCCAGAUCCUCAUGACGAUGGAGAGCGACCGCCUGGAGUCCUCUCACAUCAAGCAGCUCCUGCUGUACGCGCCUGACGCCGAGGAGGUCCAGCAGUACCAGAACUACCAGGACAAUCCCAGCAAGCUGAGUGAGCCAGACCAGUUUGUCCUGCAGAUGUUAUCAGUACCAGAAUAUAAAACCCGGCUCCGCAGCCUGUACUGUAAGACCACGCUGCAGGAGAAGGCCGAGGAGCUCAAAGCCAGCUAUGAGUGCAUCUGCAAGGCCUCCUUGGAGCUGAAAAGCAGCAAGAAGCUGGCUAAGAUCUUAGAGUUUGUGCUGGCCAUGGGGAACUACUUGAACAACGGGCAGCCCAAGACCAACAAAACAACAGGCUUUAAAAUCAACUUCCUCACCGAGCUGAACACAACCAAGACUGUGGAUGGGAAAUCCACUUUCCUGCACAUUCUUGCCAAAUCGCUUAGCCAACAUUUCCCAGAGCUUCUGGGUUUUGCCAAGGACCUUCCUACAGUGCCGCUUGCUGCCAAAGUGAAUCAGAGAACAUUAACAGCUGAUCUCCACGACCUGCGCACCACCCUCAGUGAAAUAGAGACUGCCUGCCGCCACAUGCCAGCCGCUGAGGAGGACAGAUUUGCUGUUGUGAUGAAUUCUUUCCUGGAGAGCGCCCACCCUACCGUCCAGUCUCUGGAUGACCUGCAGCAUAAGGCCAUGGAGGAAUUUGGCAAAGUGCUGAGCUUUUUCGGGGAGGACUCCAAAGUGACCACGUCUGAAUCUUUUUUUGGCAUUUUUGCUGAGUUCAUGAGCAAGUUUGAGCGGGCGCUUGGUGACGUGCAGGCCUGCGAAAGCCAGCGCAGUCCCCGGAUGACCUCCCCCCUCGCCUGGUGACGGGCUUGUGGUAACCGUCGGAGCAACGCUCUAUUGCCAACAAAGUGCACUUGGUCCCUGCUGAGUUUGGUUGUAAAUACGCUGGUGUCGUGUUAGCACCGAUCAGAACCAUGGACUCGGGCAUCUGGACACUACAGGAAUAACUUCUGCAGACAGGCACCAUGGGCGGGACCCUGGGAUGGACGGAGGGGUGGGGGAGGUUCACAGGGGUUCGUAUUUAUUGUGCCCUAGAAUUCCAGUGCAUUGUGGAAUCAGGUUUGCAGACACGCCGGGAUGUAGAAACCCCUGAUUCCGAAGCCGUUCAAGUUGGCAAUAGCAGACCCUGGGAUCCCUAGCCGAGGCUCCAUUGAGGGCACACAGAGUUUUCUUCUCCCCACAUAAUGAGGCUUAGGAGGAGAGCAGGGCCAGGCACAGAGGGGAGCGCAGGCCUUACCCCUGGAAUGGGUGAUGCUGCUGCCACUGGAGCAGGCUCUCCAGGGAGCCUUGGGAGGAAACGCCGAGCAGCCAGUCUGAAUUCCUCCUCGGAGUCCCUGCCACGCUGCAGCCCCUGCAGCAUCAUCACCCCUACAGGCCAGCCCAGACUUUUCCCACAGCCCCUCCCCAGUCGAGCUCCCUGGUUGAGUCUGGGCGUGUCAGGGUUUGGCUCAGAGUCUUUAGUCCUGGACUCCAGAAGGGAAAGGGCAGUGAGGAUGGCAGGAAAUUGCCUCCCAGAACUGUGCCUGGUGUAUUCGCUUUGCCCCCAGACGUGGAUCUAGUCUUGCUUUAUACAGAGGGACAACCCUGACGUUUCUUUCUGGCUGUCAGUUUGCUGAGGUGUCUGGCAGUGGGUGAUGGGCCUGGAGAGUUUGCUAGAACAUUAAUAUCUUCCUCAUCAGUUCCACGUGGACUUGCCCGGAGACAGUUUACUGAGUGUCUUGAUGCCUCCAUGGGAAGUGUAAAACCCUGGGCAGUCUGGAAGUCUAGCACUCUGUGGCGUUCCUUCGAGCAGCUACAGGCCUUCCGUGUAGCUUCUGAGGCUAGCCAGGGAGCCCUGCAGGAAACCAAGUAUGUGCUGCACCUUUCAAUCAUUGACUGAGGGCCUGUAGCUAUGUGAGAACAUCCGACAUAGUGUAGGACUCAAGCGAUCCUUCGUGCCCAGUGCGUUCUGUGAACUGCAGAACUGUACGCACCAUGCUUCGUUGUUCCGCCAGCCUCUGAUCAUUCUCUAGGUAAAUUCAAUUCUGAGUUGUCCUUCAGGGACUAACGCUCUGCUAGACUCCUGUGAUGUGCGCAUGUGCCUCCAGGUGACAUAGCUUGCUAAGAUCUGUACAGCAAGACGCAUCAGUUCACUCACAUUGCGGGGCAUUACUUUGUGCAAAAAGCAACCAUUGCCUUUCGGCUCUGAUGUACCCGAACAGGCUGCUCCUUGAAACGCUCCAGCAGUAUCUGGAGUUUAGAUAACAUUUCUCAUCCAAACGCUUGUCCUCCCUUGGUGACAGAGCAAGGGGGUUUAUCACAGCCUGUGUUGAGAGCAGAGAAUCACCAAUAAUCCAAUAAUCACUGGUGCAUUAUUUACAGGAGACCUUAUGUGCAUCAAAUCCUUUGUUUUCAAUACGUUUUAAAACUCCCUGCUGUAGAAAGUGAUGUGUGUGCCCACAGCUUCAAGUGCCAGGUAGCUUCUAGCAUUGCAUUAUCUGAUCUGUGGUUUUUUUUUUUUCGUUCUGAUUUAUGACAGGACAAUGCCUGUUUGUCUCCAUUCUGUGUUUCCAAUGCUGCACACCGUGUAUAGCUGAUCUUUUUUUAAAGCACAUAUUUCAUACUGAAACCGUUUGAGGUUAUUUUGAAACUGUCAUUAAUGAAAAUGCUGUACAUAGACUUUGCUACCUGUUGUAACUUGAAAAAAAUAGCUAAACCUCCACUCGCUUUGUUUCCAGAUGGUAUUUUUAUGUGAAAAUUUUCAGAAAACUAGAACUUCUGAGAUAUGGUUCUAUUAUUUGAUAACAGGACUGUGUGUAUAGUCGCAAUUCAGUCUCUACCCAAAACCUACGUGCUGUCCUCCAAAAUAAAGCUACUGCCUUUUGUCUCCCAGCUGCAUUCGAGU